ACGGCGGGCACGGAACAUAGCGCACAAAAACGGGAAAAACUAACUGAGAAAUAUACAAGCACAAAAAAAAAGCAGAAGAAAAAUUAUAUAGCAAAGAAAACAGUUUUAGUUUUUUUUUGCAUUUCGGUUUGGUUCGGUUUCGCGUUCUUUUUUUUAAGUUAUUUUUUCGUAUAAAUUUGGCAAAGAUGUCUUAGUGCAAAUGUACAGACCGCAUAAAAAAAGAAUCGUUUUGAUUAAGCAAUUAAUUGAGAGCGCUGUGAAUAAUAAUAGAAAGAAAAGAAUAAAAAUAAAAGAGGGCAAGUGCAAGUGCAGUAGUAGUCGGUGGGUGGGAAAUGUAUUAGCUACGUGCGAUUUGUCGGGGGUACGGGUACGGGCAGGGGAAGCGUGCGAGAAGCGCGUAAAAAAAGACAGCAAUAGACAGCAUUAAGUUUAACAGUAACUAGUAGAGCACAAAUAUUGAAACUAACCAUGGGCAACGUGUGUAGUUCCGGGCAAAAGAAGAAAAAGGACAAAGACAGCGCGUCCGAGAAAUCCGAUGACUCCCCACCAUAUCAGGAAGCUGGCGCUGACCGAAAGGAUGCGUUGCUGGGCAACGAUGCAGCGGCCAAGGCCACUGAGGAGAAGCGUGCGCCGCUGGCGGCUGUUGAAGCGCUUCCGGAGACGACGACGACAACAACAACAACCCCAACAACAGCACAAGCUCAAACAGCAAAUGGACAGCAGGCGGCGCAACUGCAGCAGCAGUCCAGCAUACAAGGCAAGCCCAAUGCAAUCGAAAAGGAUUCCAACAGCACCACGCCGCAGGCGGCGCUGGCGCCCAACGAUGUGGCCAAUGCCAGCGCCUACAUGGGCAAUCUGAGUCUGCUGCAAGGCAAACCGCCGCCUGGCCGUAAGAUCGAGCGCGACAAGAAGAUUGUCAUCUAUAUAUUGGCGGACAAUAGCAGCGAGUACAAGAAGCAUAAGCGUGUCAUCUAUAGUCUGUACAAACAUUUCAAGAGCAAGUGCCAAAGCAAAGGAUUCGAUUUCAUCAUUGCCGAUGUGCAUGACAUGGAGUCGCCAAGCAAGGAUGCAGCCGCUGAGCCGUGCAAUGGUCAGGCAAAGAAGGACUUCUCACGCCUGCAGGAGGUGAAGCGCUGGACACAGACGCCGCUGGAAGCGCAGGGCGGCCACGAGGAGGCCGCCAAUUGUCUCUGCGAGAUUACGCGCCAUGCAGCGGGCGCCUAUAUCAUACCCGUGCUCUUCCUGGGUGCCACUCUAGGCACACCCAUGCUGCCGUUGACUAUAGAAAGCCAGGACUUUACUUCCGUGCUCAGCGCAGCCAGCGAUGCGGAGAAGCUGCUGCUGGAGAAGUGGUACACCAUAGACAAUUCCUAUCAGCCCAUGUGCCAUCGCCUCUACACGCAGCAAAUAGAUCCCUACUGCAAGGAGGUGAACGCCGAGCUCAACGAGCUGCUCGCGGUGCUGCUGCGUCUGUUCUCCGACGAUGUCAAGGACUCGUAUCUAACCACUGUCGUCGAGCAGGAGAUCAACAACACUGUGCUCAUGAGCCAUGAGCUUGCCAAGCGCUGCAUCUGGGUGCAAACGGGUGCGCAGUACUCGCGUGCCCCGGAGAAUGCCACGCAGCUGGAACUGGAGGUGCUGCGUCGCAUUACGCGCAUCUAUUCGGAGCUCAAGAAUCACCUGAGCGAAAAGAAUCUCAUACGUCUGCUGCCCACCAUGAAUAUACUGGACGAUGAGCUCUCCGCUGUCAUUGAGAGUCUGCUGGACAAAUCGCUGGCGAGCAUCUUCGAGGAGAAUCUGCAGAAGAGCAUUCCCUACAAUACGCUGGGCGUAGAUCGGGUGCUGCUCGAGGAACUGCAGCUAGUCGGCCACUACUCCAAGCUGCUGGCACAGAACUCGGCCAACUUUGACAUCAUGAACGAUGUCAAGCGAUAUAUACGCGAUAGCACUGCCCAGCCUCUGGUAGUGUCUGGUGCACGUGGCAGCGGCAAGAGCGUGCUGGUGUCCAAGAUUAUGGAGAAUGUGCAUCGCUGGAAGCCAGAGGCACAGCUUGUGCUCAGAUAUGCCAAUUUGAGCGCUCGCUCUUCCGAUCUCACCUCGCUGCUGGGCUCGAUAGCCAACCAAAUGUCCGUGAUCGAGUCGGGACAACAGUGCCAAGUGCCGCAUACUCUGUCGGCUUAUACGGAGAUCAUAGGUCAGAUACUGGAGCGUCAGCAGCGCUUUUUUGUCAUUAUCAUAGAUGGCCUGGAUGAGCUGCAGCAUAAUGCGGAAUUGGAUUGGCUGCCACAACAGCUGGGCAACAGUGGCAAGCUCAUACUGACGGUGAGCGAGCAGGAGGCCGAAUCUGAGGAGGAGCAGGAGGCUGGCUUUGAUCUGCUGGAGACACUGUCGCAGCUCAAUUUGCCGCCGCGCUGCUUCCUGCGUCUGCGUCAAUUCACGGAGCGUCAGUGGCAUGAUAUACUCAGCUCAGGCGGCGGAGAUUUCUAUGCAGCAAAUGGAGCGUUGAAGCUGCCGGAUGAGUGGAAGUCGCUGCAUGGCAAGACGCCGUAUCAUGCCAAGUCGCUGUGGUGGCUGGCCUGGCUGGGACAUGUGGCGCAACCGAUUAGCGAGAUUGGUGACAUCUCGAGCAAGAUACUGCAGGUGUUGGAGAGCAAGUUUACGGCAGAUCAGGUCGAGGUGCUGCUGCUGAUUGUGCGCUUGUCGCGUUGGGGCAUCAGGGAGAGCGACUGCCUGGGCGUAUUUCAGAAGAUGACACAGCUGGAGGCGCAGGUCGCCUUCAAGAUCUGGUCAAAGUUCUGCUGGCUGAUGGGACCAAUGCUGCUGGGCCUUAAGAACAUACGCAUUGCGGACAGAAGCUUCGGACGCGCCGUCCUGGCGAGAUAUUCGCAGAAGCAGUGGCUGGUACAUGAAGCGUUGCGGGACUACUUCGAUCGUCAGGACAGCGAGUUCAAAGCGAGUGGAAAUAUUAAAUCCUACAACUACCAAAAGUUCUUAAAACUGCCUUAUCAUCAUUUUUGUGCGGUGAUCGAGGACAAAGCGGCGCCGCACAAGAUCGACAUACUAUUCAAUUGCUUCUACUUUACGGAUCUGCAGUGGAUUGCGAACAAGGUGAUUGCCACAGGGCCGUCGCAUCUGCUGCACGAUAUACUCCAUGCCCAAUGGCUGGCCACCACCGGCGGCAGCGGCGAGCAGUCCACGGAUUAUGUGCAUAUCAAUUUCCUAAAGGACUUUCUGGUGCGCUAUCUGCACGAGCUGAGCUACGAUGGUCAGCAGUUCUAUACGCUUAUGAAAUACUAUCUAAAGACACGCUUCCGGCAAUCACCCGAGCUCAAGGACGAUGAGAAGAUACGCUCCUGGUGGGAGUACACCAAUGAGCUGGAGUUUGCCUUUCUCGAGAUACUCAAUGCACAGCUGGAGGUCAACGACCCGCCACCGACGCCGCCAGAGCAGGAGACUACUACACCGCCAUCAACUGAAAACGCAGCCAGCGUAAAAGGCUAUGAUGUGCUCAUGAACUUGCCACAGCGUGGCUAUGUUGCCUCGCUGAGCACCGAACGCGCCGAGAUCUGUAUUUGGGAUGUAAAGAACUGUUGCCGCAUACGCGAACUGCAGGGCAUACAACAACCCACGGCCAUGUGCCCCGUGGGCAACUAUGAGGCAGCGGUGCUCUGUCGCCGUGAGAUACGCGUCAUCAACUUGGACGAGGGCAAGUUCAAGGUCACCUUGAAGGGCGUCAUGAAUCAAAAGAUGCCGUACUUUGGUCAGCACGAUCAGAAUCAUCUGGUUUGUCUCUCACGCAAUCGCAUGUACGUGAAUCUUAUGAAUUUGGAGUCGGGCGACUGUGUGACCACUUUUAAGGCGGGCGAGGAUCGUUUCCUUAACUCGCUGCUUGUCUCGGGCGAUGGACGCAUUCUAGUCUGCGGCGAUGAGACACAGAAACCCUUCCCACUGCUCGUUUGGCAUCUGACUCAGCGCAAGCUGCUCUAUGAUCUCCGCAUACCACAUCAUGAUUUCGUCACCUCACUCUCCGCCAUAACGCACGAGGGCUCCUAUGUGUGUGUGGUGGCCAAGGAGCUCAACGAGCCCACCACUCCCAACUUUAUUGUUGUCUACGAUCUGCAGAGUGGCACUUUGUUCAAGAAAUGGAAGCCCAGCUGCAAUACAGUCUCUCUGGCCAUAUCUCAGCUAAAUGCCUGCGUCAUUGCUGGCCUGGAAGAUGCCAAAAUAUUGAUAUGGGAUCUGGUGACAGGCAACUGCAAGUGUACGUUGAUUGGACACAAUGCACCCGUGACAUAUUUAAAGUUAGAUCCACUGGGCAAGGUGUUGGUCUCCUAUGACAAGGAGGGACGCGACGGCGCCAUGCGCAUGUGGGAGCUCAGCUCAGCCAAGUCCUUGGCCGUAUUUAAGCCACCAGCUCAGAUUUGCACCUGUGAGAUUUUACCAAACGGUGCAUUUGUGGUGCUUGCGCUCAAGGAUCGCAAUGAUCUGCUUACAUUGGCGCUGAAGAAUUAUGGCGGUGGCAGUGGUGAUGCCUUGGAGGAUGACUGCGGCACAUUGUAUGGGGAUCCGGAUAACCAGCACAAAGUUUUUAACUUGAGUAAUUAAUGGGGAUGAGCAUCAAUUAACAUUAGUUAUCAUUAUUCAAAUUAUACAUUUAUGCAAAUUACACAAAAUUAAAACAAUUAUUAUUCAGAGUUACAUAAAUAUCACCAUAAAAACCGUUCUCAUGCAUAAUUCAUUAGUUGUAUGUAAAAAUUCUUCACAAAAAUAAACAAAAAACUUACCAGAUGUACAAAAAGAAAGCUAAGAUACCAAAAAAAAAAAACAAAAAAGAAGCAAAUUAAAAGUCCAAUUAAGUCAUUAUUCA